CUACUUCCUUCAAUUAAUAGGCAUUACAAAUGUGUCUACUAUCAUAUAGUAAGUCGUCUUGAAGCAGAAGAGAGACUCAGUCAAGCAGACACUCAAUCAGGCACUUUCCUAAUUAGAGAGAGUGAAAGUAGACCUGGAUCAUGUUCCCUCUCGCUUAAUUUUAGAGGAUCGAUCUUACACUAUCUUUUAUACAAUCACAAUAAUACAUACUGUAUCAGUGAUCAGGUGAAGUUUAAUUCCCUGAAUGAAUUGUUACAGUACUACAUGCUAAUAGCUGAUUACCUGCCCUGUACAUUAACAGUUCCAGUUUUUAAGCCAGUGAAUAGACUCAUCGAACGAGAUGAAAGGUGGGAAAUUGAGAAAUCAUCAAUUAGAGUUAUGAAUUGCACAGAUAUUAGAGAGUUUGGUGAAAUAUUUAUGGGUUAUUGGCAUAAUAAAGGGUCAGUUUUAAUAAAGACAAAUAUAACAGCAGAUAUUACACAAGAAAGAUUUCUGAAAGAGGCCAACAUAUUGAAAAAACUCAACUAUGAAAGCAUUAUUUGUCUAUAUGGUGUUUGCACUAAAGAAUAUCCUUUCUAUAUCGUAACAGAGCUAAUGAAUCAUGGAAACCUUAAAAAACAUCUCAGUAGAUAUAGUUUUGCACCAGCAGAGUUAAUAUACAUUACAGCUCAAGUUGUUAAUGGUAUGAUUUACUUGGGAGAACAAUAUUACAUUCAUUGUGAUCUAAGAGCUGCCAAUAUACUAGUAGGAGAAUAUAACACAGUCAAAAUAGCAAACUUUCAUUUUGCUCAACACCUCAACGGCAAUAAAUACUGGAUUAUUGAGGAAAGAACUAAGCUAGCUAUAAGAUGGACAGCACCUGAAUGGCACACCUUAAACCGACUGGGUAUUAAAUCUGAUGUUUGGUCAUUUGGUAUACUACUAUGGGAACUGGUCACCAAAGGAAAUCUACCAUACCCUGGGAUGACUAAUGUCGAAGUAGUAGAAGCAGUACCACAAGGUUAUCGUAUGAUCAUACCUGAGGAUUGUCCUGAACCAUUUCAACAAUUAAUGGUAAACUGCUGGGAACAAAAUGAUGAUGAAAGGCCACGCUUCGAGGAUAUCUUCGAGACACUCGUAAAGCAUAAAAACUCAUUCAUAUAAAUUAAUUUUUGUGAAUUUAACAAAUUGAGUUAUUAGAAGUCAGAAAGCUUAAGAAAUUUACAACUUCGCUAUCACUUUAUCAAACAAG